GGUUUUCAGAUACGAACAACCCACCAAACAAAAUAUCUCCCCUCUCCACACCUAAUCAUUUUAGCUAUGGCCGGAAUAAGAGAAGAAGUCACGGAGACACUGCUGGAAAAGACGGUGGAUAAUGGUGGACAAGAUAAUGGGUUGAAGUCGUUAGAUUUGAGAGAAAAUGUUUGGGUGGAAUCUAAGAAGUUGUGGGUUGUGGCGGCGCCAGCGAUCUUCACGAGAUUCUCUACGUUUGGUGUAUCUUUGAUAACUCAAGCUUUCGUCGGACACCUUGGCCCCACCGAAUUGGCUGCUUUCUCUAUCAGCUUCACCGUUUUGCUACGUUUCAGUAAUGGUAUCUUGUUAGGUAUGGCUAGUGCACUAGAAACACUAUGUGGUCAAGCCUACGGAGCGAAACAAUAUCAUAUGCUAGGGAUUUACCUCCAAAGAUCGUGGAUCGUUCUCACAUGUUGUGCCGUUUGCAUCACACCUGUCUACAUCUUCUCGGGAUCAAUCCUCUUGGCCUUAGGUCAACAGGAACACAUCGUCCGUCAGGCUCGGAUCAUAGCCUUGGGUCCACCUCUUGUUGUCGUGGAUUCUUGUGGUUUAUUUUGA